AUGCUGCAAGUCAAAGAUAUACAAGAGCAAGUCAAACCGACGAGCAACGCGAAGAGAGAAAUGAAGUUGAACGGAAUCGAUGGAAUCGAAAUCAACAACAUAAGGAUGUUACGUUUGACCCCUAUUAAUUAUAACGUGGAAAUCAAUUACAGUUCACAGCAAAUCGUUGCUAUUGGACCAAUGAACGUUGUGUGCCAAUAUUGCAAGGCAUUUAAGUUUAAAAAUGAAGCUCCUGGAUUGUGUUGCGCGAGUGGUCAAGUCAAAUUGACGCCAUUGGUAUCGCCACCAGAGCCACUACAUUCAUUGGUUUCCGGAAAUGGGCCAAAUUCUAAACAUUUUUUGACUCAUAUCCAGCAAUACAAUAAUUGUUUUCAAAUGACGUCAUUUGGCGCAACAAAAGUUAUUCAAGAAAAUUUUAUGCCAACUUUCAAGAUUCAGGGUCAAAUAUAUCAUCCAACAGGUUCCUUAUUGCCAACGCCUGAUAGUGACUCCAAAUUUUUGCAAAUUUAUUUUAUGGGCGAUUCUGAAAGGCAAGUCGAUCAGCGUUGUGCACACAACAAUUCAGUGAGACCAAUUGGGGAACAACUCCAAACGUUUUUCCAUCAACAUAACGAAUUGGUUGCAUUAUUCACGACUGCAUUGGACCGCAUGCCGUCUGAUAACAACAAAAUUGUCAUCAAAGCUGAUAAGACGCCUGGAGCGGCACUCUUUAUAGAAACAUGUCUGCACGUGCCCCUAAAACAAAUCCAAGCAAUGGGUAGUCCUUGUGGACCUUUUAUUGGAACAUUUGUUGGGCUGGAUGCCCGACAAAAAUACAAAAGCUUGUGGGAACAAGUAGCGACCCAAUUCAAAUGGAAGAGCAAAGUAAAAGUAAAAGCACAAAAUCUAAAGCUCAACAUGGAAAGAACAGGUGGAGGUGGGCCUUUGCCACCUUUAUUGCCAAUUGAGGAAAAACUCAUGGGAAUAAUUGGAUGGACUGUAGUAGAAGGAGAUGCCACAUCUGAAUUAGGUUUUGGAAACGAUGCUGUUCUUGACCAAAACAGUGAAUCUCAAGAUCCUGCUGUAAUCAUUGUAGAUGAUCCUCAACCCGAACCAAUUAAAAUGCCUCCACUAAUUAUUAUUAAAAAAAGUCAAAAACUAUCCAUUCCUCGAUCCACUCCAUUCAUCUCGGCUAUACCCUCCACAUCUACCAUGCAAGAAAAUUUUGUUCCAAACACCACAACACACACAGAUAUUUUUGCCACACCCUCUACUUCUGGUAUCAAGUUAAUCAAAUCUGAUCAAGUUGAUGUUUCUUCUGGCAAAGAAAAUUGGUUAGGAAAAAUCAAGUGCGAGGUGAAAAAGCCAAAAAAGUUAGCAAUAGAACCAAUAGAAAAGUAUUAUAUAUUUGAUGAAAAUAUGGAGAAAAAUAAUUUCAGAGCAACUAACUUUUCGGCGAGAGAAGAAAAUGUCCUUAUAAAUCUUGUGAAAAAAUAUAAAAAUGCAGUAGAGUGCAAAAAAUCUGAUACAGACAACAACAGAAUUAAAGCAGAGGCAUGGCAGAAAAUCUAUACUGAAUUCAAUAAUAUACUUGGAGAUCCUCAUAGAACUACCAAAGUUCUAAAAAAUAAGUAUGAGAACAUAAAGAAAAGGGCUAAACAAAAAUUUGCUGAUAAUAAAAAAUAUGUCAUUGGAACUGGAGGAGGGCCAUUCAAAGAUUUAGUGAUAGCUGACACUGAGAGUGACCUCCAUGAAAUCCUAGGCACACAGCUAACAGGAGGUACAUCCAAGUUUGAUGGUGAUGCUACUGCAGAAUCUAUUAUAAUCCAGGUUGAGGGCAAUAAUCUCUCUGAUACAGAGAAUUUUGAGGAUAUAGAGGAAAGUCCUCCAGAAAAAAUUAGGAAAAUUGAUGUUUCUCAUUCGGCAAGUUCUUGCCUUGAUAUUUACUCAACACAAGUGGAUUCAAAUCAGAGUUUUAGUGCUCCAACAGAAACAAAAAAGACUUUAACAACUAAAAUCCAAGCUGGGCCAAAGCUUACUCCUGAUAUUUCUUCUUAUUUUUGUGCAUCGGUUGAAGAAGUGCCUCAUUCAUCAAAAUCUUCUACAAAUGACUGGGCUACAUAUACACCGGCAAUGUUGAAAAAGCCAUUGUCUGCUCCAUUGCAAAGUCUUGAUAAUAAAGAUGUAACUCCAAAAAAAAAUCUCAGUGCCAACAGCUCAGUGCCCGGUUAG